GAACCGGAAAAUGCAGCCACAUUUUGAUAGUAUAGGCGACGAAGUUGCAUAAUAAACUCUGCAUCUAUCACAAAAAAAAAAAAAACCCUAGCAGUACUCGUUACGGAGCCCGACUAUGUUGUUCUGAAUUUCCGGUCGGAAUUACAACUACUCUCAUCCUCGACGACAGCGCUAGUAACUCACUCCCUUUCUCUCGCUCCGUGUUCCGACCCUAUUUGUCCUCUGAAAGUCUUUUGACGAUGGAUUUAAGCCAACAGCCUAAUUUCUCUGAUGGCCAAGCAAGGGAAUCCAGAAGUUUUCACAGCCUGUCUGGCCAACCCCGGAAAAUUUCCAUAGGAAUCCUGGCGGAUUCCUUUUGCCAGAAUUCUGGACCCAAAGAUGUCAAUGCCAAGGACUCCCAUGUUCUAGUUGAUGAAAAUGUUACUCCUAGCAAAGCAAAUUCUGCUCAAGAUGGAAAAUGGACGGACAGAGUUCUUUAUGCUGCUAAUCAAGGGAAACAAACAGAGGAGCUAGUCCAGGAGACUUCCCCUUGGUUAUCUCCUAAAUCUUUCAACCAAAAGUUACCAACACCAGAGCAAGUUCGUGGUGCAGAAGUCACUUGCAUUUUGCCAGCCACCGGGCCUGUCACUGAAACACACCAUGUACUCCAUCUACCAAGGCCACCACCAGCAAAUUUUUCUGCGCACUAUUUUGAAAAUCACAUGUCAGGUCUGGAAUCUAGUAACGGUUCACAGAGGAAGUUCGAUGGGGACAUGCCUGGAAUGAGGGACAUAACUGGAGAAGGCUUUGAGAAACUCUCUUUUACCACCAUACAGAAAGUUGCAACAGAAAAGGAUGUGGGAGGGUAUGAAGCUACAAAGGAAGAAACAAGGGGCAGUGAAACUUUAAGAAUGAAGCUCUGGGAGAUCCUAGGAACCAUUUCAUCCCCAAAUGAACAACAUCCCAAUGAUUGUGACCUUGGGAUGGAGGCCAAAAACAUGAAAUUAGUGCAAAAGAGUGAUGCAGAGUGUAAGCCUGUUGUGAAGCCCACACAAAAUUCGGACACAAUAGAAAGUGAUUCUGAGGGUCAUGGUCGUCCUGUUAGGAGACCGAGGAAACGCUCUUUGAUCAGGAAUGGAGCUUCCAAUAAAUUAAAAGCAGCCAAGUCAAAUGAUGCACAGUUGACUCGUUAUAUGAAGGACAACCAAGAAAAGUAUGCCUGCUUUGAAGAGGUGCUCUCCAGAAGACAACAUUACAGUGCCACUGGAGGUACGUUAGCAGUCAUGAGAAAGAAGAGUGAAAAGUGGAGCACUGGAAUCAAGUCAAGCAUGAUGCGCUUCAAUGAACAUGAAAAUCCAGGACAUGAUGAGAAGGUUAACAAUAGGGGCGAAAGAAGACCUGCACUUCAGAAUUCAAUGAUGCACGGAGAUGAAGUAGGAGAUAAGAAUGAAACAUAUAAGAGGAUUAAAAAAGAUUCUACUGAGCCAAAGAAAGUUUCCCUUGAGAUAAGUUCUCAGAAGGUUCAUGUUGAAGGGGUGUCUGAGCACCCGAGGAAUGACAUUGACGGUCCAAAAUUACAAAAAGAUGUGGAUUUGCAGCAAGAUGUUGGUUAUGCAUUGCUCAAAAGUACAUCAGAGCAAAAGUUUGACAUCCCCUGUCCUGCACUUGGAGAGAAGACACCCAGAGAAAUAUUUCCCGAUUUGUCACCAAGUGAGAUGAGAAUACAUGCCACAAGAUCCACUCCUGGCUCCCCACCAGAAACCAAACCGGGGGAAGCAGAUGAUGACAGUCCUCCAAAGCUUGUGUCGAAUACGGAGGGAAUUCGACGCUUCAAGAGCUUUUUGGCCUCAAAGUUAACUUGUGACAAGUCAGAUUCCAAGUCAAAUUCUUCUGAUGGCCCAGGAGGAUUAGAAGAUUUUUCCUACAUGAAACCCAGGCCUAUUGUGGAAGACCCAGGAAGUAGGCUGUCUAGCUCGUCAUCGGAGGGCAGUGAUUCAGAGACCUUGAAAGAGGAUUCCCUCCCUAGCGCACAGAGCAAGAGUCCGGGUGAAUCAGAACUUUUUCCAGAAGUUGGUACUGUAAAGAAACCGGAUUUUGUGCUUCAUCUGAACAAAAAGCAUCAGUAUCAGGAAACCAUUGAAGUUUCUGGAUUUUCUCCCACCUCAUUCUCUCGAAAAGGAAUUGAAGACUAUGGAAAUGUUCAGCAACAUUUGGAGUUGCAUCAAGGGGAUGGACUUGCUAGUGCUGUUACUCUAUUUGCCUUGGCUUUAGAAAGAGUUAAAAUCAGAAUGAAGUCGGUGAUCAGGAAAAGAUCUGCUGAAAUUCUAACCUCUGUUGCUGAAGGAAUACAUAUGCAAUUGCAGACCGCUGAAUCUCAGAUUCAAGCUGAUAUGGGAAAACUGACUAGUCUCACUAAAUCAAAGAGAAAACAUCUGGAGAUGAGAUUUCAAGAACUACAAGGACAGUUGAAUGUCAUAUAUGCGAAGUUCAAGGAAGAGGUUCAUCAGCAUCUUCAAGAUUGCAGAGACACAGUUGAGUGUCUGGAUGCAAACCACAUGGAGCUUAGAGGGAUAGUGGAAAAACAAAGUGCAUCUCAUAGAAAGCUUCUUUUGCAAGCUGAAGAAGAAAUUGAGACUCAUCUGACUGAUGCUGGGAGGAGAAUAAUGAAGGUCCAUAAUUUGGCAAGGGAACAGAUGCUUCAGUUGAAAAAUGCAGUAGUUGACUGUUUGAAUGAAGGUAACCUUGGUUGACAUGAUUGCAAUUUAUGUUGGAGGAUGCAACGUCCAUGAUCAGGAAGAAUUUCUUGUCUGCUCAGAAUUUGUUUACGUCUUCCUGCCUGUGUAUAGCUUUAGAUUUUCAUCAGCAUUUUUACUACUUCCGUUCCAGAAGUAUUGUGACAAGUAUAUCUCGAUUGGAGCGAUUGUUGUUGAAAGUGCAGAUAUGAGUUUGCAAUUUAGAGGUUAAUUCCACUCAAGUUGGGGUAAGCUUCUCAAGGUUUUGUUCGCCGACGCCCCUAGAUCUUCCUUCUUGAGGUCACCAAUGUAUCCUCGCUUUUGCAUUUUUCACCUGAAAAUACAAUAAUGCUUCCAUACUGAGUAUCUUGUCUUCUGCCUAGUUCAUCACAACAGAUGUAUUUUUUGGUAUGAACAGGUUCUGAAUGCAGUA